AUGGAUUUUGACCACGAGACGCAAGCCGCAUCCUCCCAGCGUAUGUACACUGCGCGAGCCGACAACUACGAGAACUCGUUCCACCCGGACUACACCAAGCGCUUCAUGGCCGUAGCUGACGUCCAGCCUGGCGAGCGCGUUCUCAUCCUGGCCUGCGGCACCGGGCUGGAGGUCUUGAUCGCCGCCGAGCAAAUGGGCGACAGGGGCGACAUCGUCGGCGUCGACAUCACCGACGCCAUGCUCGCCAAGGCGAGAGAGAAGCAGGAGCGCCUCAAGCCCCGCGCGAGCAUCCGCCUGUACAACCACGACGUGACGAAGCUGGAGACGCUGCCGGAGCUCGACGGGCAGGCCUUUGACGUGAUCCUCUGCUCCAGCGCGUUUGUCCUCUUCGACGAUCCGGACGAGGUUGUCAAGUCGUGGCGCAAGUACCUCAAGCCGGAGGGCAGACUGGUUGUCGACAUCACGCACGAGAACAACCUCAAAAUCGGGCUGCUGCUGGAGCGCGCGGCGAGGCGGCUGGGCACGCGGUUCCCGAGCAACAGGUCCUGGAUCACGGACCGGAACUCGUUCACAAAGAUCCUGGAGGGGGCGGGGUACGCCGUGGAGAGGAUCGAGCUGAUGGACAAGCUGUCCGGCCAGGGCGACACGACGUAUGGCAUGGACCAGGUCGACGAGCAGUUCGACUGGAUCACGGGCACCUCGUUGACCAUCAAGCUCGCGACGGAGGAGUUCAAGAGGAAGACGAGGGCCCUGUUCCGCGAGGAGUGGGAGAAGGACGCGGUCGACGGCGAGAUUGUCAACGUGGAUGCCCCUCGCCUUGCCGCUGCCCUUCAGCUGGGGCUUCACCGGGAUCUUGGGAUGGUCGCCCUCCAAGGGCAGCCCGGUGAUCUUCUCCAGCUCCUCGACGGCCUCGUACGCCCGCCCCAGAUGGACCUUGAUCGUCCCGAAACCCUGCUUCCUUGCUUCCUUCAGGUUCUCACCAAUGUCGUCGAGGAACACAACGUCGCUCGCCUUGAUGCCCUCGACCCACCCCAACGCCUGGCCCCUUUCGGAGCUCGCGUUCUUGGCGGCGUACUCGUUGAGCAUCUUGAGAGCGAGCUGGUACAUCCUCGGGUCCGGCUUCCUCAGCCCGACGUGCGCCGACGAGAUGAAGACGUCAAACAGGCCGCGCACGGGGUCGUCCAAGAAAUCCCUCUUCCACAGCCGGUGGCCCUCGGGGAAGACGACGGUGUUACUCAGCGCCGCGAGGAUAUACUUGCCGCUUUGCUUGAGCUUCUUCAGCGCGGGGAACAUCCACGGGUCCGGCGGGAUGGAGUUGGUCAUCAUGGCGUUGAAGAGGUACUCCCCGUCGAUGGCGGGGAGGGGCGGGACCUGCUCAGGCAGGGACGGGUUCUUGGCCCGCUGGGCGGCGUAGAAGGCCUCCCACCGUCCCUGGUCGUGGAGGUCCGCGUUGAAGCCCGCAAAGAAGGCCUUGUCCAUAGGGAUCGAGCCCGUCUCGAGGCGGUGCCAGAAGCCCGUGGGACUGGUCUUGGAGAUGGAGUAGUUGACCCAUCCCGGCGGAAUGCCGAGACUGAGCUCGUAGUCGAGUAUGGAUUGAAAAGGCGAGACGACCUGGGAAAGUCAGAGGAUAAUUGA